UUGAAAACAGUCACUAUUUAUAUGCUUGAAAUUUAGUAUAAAAGCACCAAUAUUCCACAGAGCUUUAUCGUUUAAGAUUCAUCUCAAGACUUAACAUAAUGAAAUUCCAAGUUGCUUUUCUCGUACUAGUAGUCAUGGUUAUAAGUGCAUUUGCACACCGUAAGUAUCAAUUAAAUCUGCAAAACUGCCCAAAAGCUGAUAAAGGUCCUUGCAAAGGUCAUGAAAUUGUAUGGGUCUACAAAGAUGAAACCAACGAUUGUCAUACAUUCAUUUAUGGCGGUUGUGAAGGCAAUUGGAAUCGAUUCAAAACUAAAAAGCAGUGUAUAGAUGCUUGCGGACAUUAAAAACUUUGUAAAAAUUGCAACAACUUCAACUGGUUCCGGAAAAUGAUAAAAUAAAUUGUAAAACAAAACAUUACAAAGAAAAAUCCUGAAUAAUUUAGUGGAUUAGUCGGUAGUAGUUUAACAUAAUGUGUUCUCAUCAAUAAAUAAAAUGCAUUCAUCCAAACUUAUAAGUUGAUAGAGCUUGAAAAAUAGAUGAAUAACUUUAAGGCUUCAGGAUGAUCCUACCCCUGCUUGUUGUCGUUAUAAAUUUGUCAAUUUUUUCCACCUCUUUAUCAGAGAAGAGCUCAGCUUUUACUCCACAGGUAAAACUAAAAAAUAUAAGUACCUCAAGAUUCUAUUUUUGGAAAUACAUUGUUCUGUUUAUUUCUGCGACUUACAACAAUCAUUUCUGUUUGCGAAUGAUUUUACUAUAUAUUUUUCCCAAAAAAAUUGAUGUGUUUAACGGCCUCAGUUUUUAAAUCAAAAUUAAAAAUGGUGAUUGCAAUUUUUGUCGUUCGUAGGAAUGCCUGCAAAAAAUUUUGAAAAGUUAAAUAAAAAUAAAGCAAAGUUCUUUUAUUUUUGUAUUUAUUUUCGAAGAAUUUCAGGUUUGCAAGAACUCU